AUCGAGUGCCCUUCAUCAGGCAUCCAGCCAUUCAGCAUCAUUCCUCUCUCUUGCUCCUUUUUACGCCCGCCCCCUUCCAGCUGCCUCCCUUCCCAUCCGGUGUUUUUACUCUGCAGUGCUGAGAUUUGCUUCAUCAUCCUGCACCGAAGCACAGUUGGAUGGGCGCUUUCCACCAUGCUCCAGCAUCUGUUUGUGUUCGGCAUGCUAGGAGUGUUGCUGACGCCGGCGCGGUGCGACCUUAUCACAGUGUGCCGUGAAGACGACGGGGACCUGCGAGUGGACUGCCUGGUCAAGGGCAAGCCCAAUAAGAUCAACAGCUAUGAGUUCUCCUGGUCAUCAGGCUCCAAGCAAUCCCUCAUCAACUCCAAUGUGUCAGGCCUGGCGGCGGAGGCCGAGUUCCGGCAAGUGAGCCGUGUGACGGAAGUGGAGCCACAUGGCUACAGACUGACGUUGAGCGGCUACCUAGACAAGCUGCCGCACAACACCACGUACAUGUGCAAGAUCACCGGGGAGGGAGCCAGCGUGAAUGUGGAGAGAGAUCAUCUCAUCCCGUGUGGUGCCGUCAGCGCGUUUCUGCAGAACUCCUGGAUUGUCGCCAUCCUGAUUUUAUACCAUUGCAUGUAAUGCUCUAAAAUGAUUGUGAAAUGUUGCACGUGGGCCACCUCUAAUGGUAACGCCAAAGAAGCGCUGCUUUAAAUGUUCAAAGCGUGGAGAAUAUUGCUAUGGUUCGACUUGGAUCCAGUGCAUUUGCUGAGUACAGUUAAGGUGUAUUUAACUUUGAACGCUGUUACCACGCACCAAAAGCAUCUUUUCACAACCGCAAAGCUCCAUGUAAAAAUACUGUACCACUUUGCAUGCGUCUCGUAUUCAUCGGCAAGAGAGAAUCCAUACUAUUGACAUGUUCUCCAGUGAUUGUUCUUUUUUUGUGUAUUAGUGUAGUUGCACUUUAGCGCUACAGAGUUGUUAUGGGAGCAUAUGCUCGAAAGAUGUACUGAUUGUUUCAACUCUAUUUAAUAAAGUCACAAAAAUGACAAAA